AUGGCUAACCAAACUCCCGCCGUUGUCAUGGACAACGGCACGGGUUUCUCCAAGCUAGGUUUCGCCGGUAACGAUUCGCCCUCAUUCGUCUUCCCGACCGCGAUUGCGACCAAGGGGCCAACUGGCGGAGCUGGUGGUUCUGGAUCAGGACGACCGGCCGUUGCAAAUAAGCCUUCUUUUCUUACCGGAGGUGCUGGAGCUGGAGGUCAUCUGAGUGGAAAGCGAGGAACCGAGGAUCUCGACUUCUUUAUCGGUGACGAGGCGAUAGCAGCUUCCGGAGGACCUGGAUAUGGACUUCACUAUCCCAUUCGACAUGGUCAAAUAGAGAACUGGGACCACAUGGAACGAUUCUGGUCAAACUCCAUCUUCAAGUAUCUCCGAGUCGAGCCUGAAGACCAUUACUUCCUCCUUACCGAGCCCCCACUGAACCCGCCCGAGAACCGAGAGAACACCGCCGAAAUCUUCUUCGAGUCCUUUAACUGUGCUGGAAUGUACAUUGCCGUCCAGGCUGUUCUUGCUCUGGCUGCUUCUUGGACAUCUUCCAAGGUCCAGGAUCGCUCGCUCACUGGAACAGUUAUUGACUCUGGUGAUGGUGUUACACACGUCAUUCCCGUUGCUGAGGGUUAUGUCAUUGGCUCCUCCAUCAAGUCAAUCCCUAUCGCUGGCCGAGACAUCACCUACUUCGUUCAGUCUCUGCUGAGAGACCGUGGCGAGCCCGACUCUUCCCUCAAGACCGCCCAGGAAAUCAAGGAGGAGUACUGCUACGUCUGUCCCGAUAUUGUCAAGGAAUUCGGCAAGUACGACCAAGAUCGCACUCGAUUUGCCAAGCACGUCGUGUCGCACCCCAACGGCCGCCAGGUCAGCGUUGAUGUCGGUUACGAGCGUUUCCUCGCCCCCGAGAUCUUCUUCAACCCCGAGAUUUACAGCUCCGAUUUCUUGACCCCUCUCCCUGUGGUCGUCGAUGGUGUUAUUCAGCAGUCGCCUAUUGAUGUACGACGAGGUCUUUACAAGAACAUUGUUCUUUCCGGAGGAAGCACGCUAUACAAGGAUUUCGGUCGCCGAUUACAGCGAGACAUUAAGCAGCUGGUGGACGCCAGAAUUCGAGCUAGUGAGGUCCGUAGCGGUGGUGCUCGAAGUGGUGGCUUGGACGUGUCUGUUAUCACUCAUAAGCGACAGCGACACGGUCCUUGGUUUGGAGGCAGUCUCCUCGGUCAAACUCCCGAGUUCCGAUCGUACUGUCAUACCAAGGCAGAGUACCAAGAAUAUGGUCCCAGCAUUGUGCGAAGAUUCGCUCUGUUGGGUGGCCCCGGUGGCUCUUAA